AAAGGUUCUUCGAUCGCCGUCUCAUAAAAAUUCCGUCAACACUAUAAAACUCAGAGUUUCUUCCAUCUCUUUCAUCCUUGUCGUUGUUAAGGUUUCUUUCAUAAACUUCAAAACGUGGAUUAUCAAUCAUUCUCCUGAGAAUUGAUAAAAGUUUUGAUCUUUGGCUUUGUUUGAGGUAUAAAGGUUUGGUAAUGAUUCCGGAACUAGGAAGAAGGACGAUGCUUAGAGGUAACGAAGAUCCAUCUUUUGGAGAUGAAUACGAGAAGGAGAUUGGUGUGUUGCUCAGUGAGCAGCAGCGGCGGCAAGAGGAAGCUGAUGAGCUUGAGAGAGAGCUUAACUUGUACAGAAGCGGCUCUGCGCCGCCUACUGUUGACGGCUCCUUCAGUGCUGCAGGAGGGCUUUUCAGAGGUGGGGCGGCGGCUCCUUCACUUGACUUUGGUGGUGGGAAUGGGUUUGAUGAGGAGUUCAGGAAGGAUCCGGAUUACUUGUCUUAUUACUAUGCUAAUAUGAAGUUGAAUCCUAGGUUGCCUCCUCCUUUGAUGUCUAGGGAGGAUCUGAGGGUUGCUCAGAGGGUUAAAGGGAGUAGUGCUGUGUUGGGUGGGAUUGGGGAUAGGAGAAAGGGGGAUGAUGGGAGCAGAUCUUUGUUCUCUAUGCCUCCUGGUUUUGAUCAGAUGAAGCAGCAGCAGCAUGAGUUUGAGCCUCAGAAGGCUUCUUCUUCUGAGUGGGAUGCUACUGGUCUUAUUGGUUUGGAUCUUGGUGGCAAGCAGAAGAGUUUUGCUGAUAUCUUUCAGGCUGACCAUCCUGUUCCACAGCAUCCCUCACGUCCUGCGAGUCGGAAUGCCUUUGAUGAGAAGGUCAGUCCUACGAAUAACCAGUCUCCAUCUGCAUCACAAGGCGUUGGUGCCUCAUCUCCUUUCAGCUAUGCAGCUGUACUCGGUUCUUCAUUGUCCAGAAAUGGAACUCCUGAUCCUCAGGCCAUUGGUAGGGUACCUAGUCCCUGCCUGACUCCCAUUGGUAGUGGAAGAGUGACUUCAAAUGAGAAUAAGAGGAACACAAAUAAUCAAAGCCCCUUCAACGGUGUUACAUCUGGUCUCAGCGAGUCUUCAGAUCUCGCCGCAGCUUUAUCUGGCAUGAACUUGACAGGCAGUGGUCAGGCUGAGCAGGAUGUCGAAAAGGUCAGGAACUACAUGUUUGGUGGACAUAACGACGGGUUCCUAAACAAAUCUGAUCAAGCCGCGCAUAAGGGAACUGAUUCCUGGAGGAACUCGCAGUUGAGAGGGUCACAAGGAUCUGCCUAUAACGGUGGUGGACGUGGACUACCUGGUCCCUACCAGCCUCAGCAUCUUGAUACCCCGAACUAUAGUCUAAACAACUAUGCAUUAAAUCCAGCUAUGAUGGCGAGCCAACUUGGAAGUAACAACUUCUCUCCAAUGUAUGAAGAUGUUUCCUCACCAUCUGCUUUGGGAUAUUCUGGAAUGGACUCCAGACUUCAUGGGAGAGGUUUGGGUCAAAACCUCUCUGAGUCACAUAAUCUUGGCAGGAUCAGUAACCGGAUGAUGGCAGGAAAUGCUGGUCUUCUUCAGACACAUAUUCCCGACCCAAUGUAUCAUCAGUACGCUGAUUCGCUCGAUCUUCUCAAUGAUCAUCAGUAUGGUAAUUCAUACAUGAAUAUGCUGGAACUCCAGAGGGCUUACCUCGGAGCUCAGAAGUCACAGUAUGGUCUCCCUUACAAAUCCGUUAGCCCUAACAGCCGUAGCUAUUAUGGGAGUCCAACGUUUGGGUCUAAUAAUAUGUCUUUUCCUGGAAGCCCAUUGGCUCAUCACGCUAUGCAAAGCUCUCUUAUGGCUCCUUGCAGCCCCAUGAGGCGAGGUGAAGUUAAUAUGCGGUAUCCCUCUGGAGCAAGAAACUAUCCAGGAGGGGUAAUGGAUUCUUGGCACAUGGAUGGUGGUUUGGAUGGAGGCUUUGGUUCUUCAUUGCUUGAAGAGUUUAAGAGUAACAAAACAAGAGGAUUUGAACUUUCUGAAAUAGCUACUCAUGUUGUUGAGUUCAGUGCGGAUCAAUAUGGGAGCCGGUUUAUUCAGCAGAAACUAGAGACAGCAACAACUGAUGAGAAGAACAUGGUCUAUGAGGAGAUCAUGCCACAAGCUCUUGCACUGAUGACUGAUGUUUUUGGAAACUAUGUUAUUCAAAAGUUCUUUGAGCAUGGACUCCCAGCACAAAGGAGAGAAUUGGCAGAGAAGCUCUUUGACAACGUUUUGGCUCUUAGCUUACAGAUGUAUGGUUGUCGUGUUAUCCAGAAGGCAAUAGAGGUGGUUGAUUUAGACCAGAAGAUUAAGAUGGUGAAGGAACUUGAUGGACAUGUGAUGCGAUGCGUGCGUGAUCAGAAUGGGAACCAUGUGGUUCAGAAGUGCAUCGAAUGUGUGCCUGAAGAAAACAUCGGAUUCAUCAUUUCAACUUUCUUUGGUCAAGUUGUGACACUCUCCACUCACCCAUACGGGUGUCGCGUUAUUCAGAGGGUGUUGGAACACUGUCAUGAACCGGAUACACAGAGCAAGGUUAUGGAAGAGAUCCUGUCCACAGUUAGUAUGUUAGCCCAAGAUCAGUAUGGAAACUAUGUUAUUCAGCAUGUGCUGGAGCAUGGAAAACCUGAUGAGCGUACGGUGAUAAUCAAGGAGUUAGCAGGGAAGAUUGUACAGAUGAGCCAGCAGAAGUUUGCGUCGAAUGUUGUUGAGAAAUGUUUGACUUUUGGAGGUCCAGAGGAACGAGAACUGCUCGUGAAUGAGAUGCUUGGCACUACUGAUGAAAACGAGCCUCUUCAGGCGAUGAUGAAGGAUCAGUUUGCAAACUAUGUAGUGCAAAAGGUUUUGGAGACAUGUGAUGACCAACGUCGUGAGCUGAUUCUUACUCGUAUUAAAGUGCACCUUAAUGCGUUAAAGAAGUACACUUAUGGAAAGCAUAUUGUUGCCCGUGUUGAAAAACUCGUUGCUGCUGGAGAGAGGAGAAUGGGUUUGCAGUCGCAAAACCAGCCUCAGAUGGUGUAAGGCUGCAAGUGUUGUACAGCUUAAUUAGGGUGUACGGGUCUGCCACUGCGUUUUGAGAAUUUAGGUAAGAUCUAAAACUGGAAAUAAUAAAAUCUUUGCAGGGAAAUUGUGAAAGGGAGAGAGCACUUGUUUCUCUGCAAAAAUCUUUGUAAAAUCGUGUAGUUUCUCGAUACAUAGAACCAAACAUCCCUCUUUAGGCUGAUGAGUGAGUGAGAAUGGUGUAAAGAUGGGUUGUGAAAUGGAAAUGGUGAGAGGACUUUAGGGUUUCCUUCACACAAGGAGAAUGGCUUUUGUUAUAAUUUGCCAAAAUGUGUAGAAGAGAGAAUGUUGAUGCUUUUAGGACAAUCCCAAUGUUAGAGAUUUUCUGCCCAUCUUAUGUAAUUUGUUUCAUCACAACUCUUUUAUUUCGUAUUUUGCAAGGCACUCUUUUUCGUUUAUUGAAUUUUGC